UUAAUAGGCAAAAUUCAACGGUCAGAUUGGGAAAUUAGCGUCGGGUAUAAAUACGGAAGAUUACCCGGCGAUUGGCGGCAACGGCGAACUGAAAACUGAAGCCUCGAGGUCGAGAGACCAACAAGAAUGGGAGUUCACGGUCUUUGGGAGCUUUUGGCCCCCGUCGGCCGCCGUGUCUCCGUCGAAACCCUUGCCGGGAAAAAGCUCGCCAUCGGUACAAAUCUCUCUCUACGUACAUCUUUAAAUUAUUUAAAAAAUUUCAUGUCGAUGAGGUUUUCUCUUUGGGUAUGUCUUUCUAUUGAAGAUGCGAGCAUUUGGAUGGUACAAUUCAUAAAGGCUAUGCGCGAUGAUAGGGGAGAAAUGGUCCGAAACGCCCAUUUACUCGGUUUUUUCCGACGGAUUUGUAAACUUUUGUUCUUGCGGACCAAGCCUGUCUUUGUCUUCGAUGGUGCAACCCCGGCUCUCAAGCGCCGGACUCUUAUUGCUCGCCGUAGGCAGCGUGAGAACGCCCAGGCUAAAGUUCGUAAGACCGCCGAGAAAUUGCUUCUGAAUCAUAUCAAGGUAAUGAGGUUAAAAGAACUUGCUGAGGAUAUACAGAAUCAGAAACAGCAGAGGAAGCAAAAGCUAUCAAAAAAGAGUACCUUGCCAAGCCGUGACAAAAAUUUCAAUGGUACUUCUACUUCCGAAAGCUGUGAAGGCAUCCCAAAUAGGGGCAGUCUUGAAAAUCUAGAUGAAAUGUUGGCAGCAUCAAUUAUGGCCGAGGAGAAUGGACUUUUCUUGAGCAGCGCUUCCUCUUUUUCUGGUGCUACUCUUGCUAAAGAAGGUGGUGGUGAAGGGUCAAUUCUGAACCAGAAGUACAACAAUGAAUCAAAGGGCAAGGAGAUUUUGUCAGAUGAAACUUACAUAGUGGGGAGUGAUUCAGAAAGGAUGGAAGUGGCCUCAAGAAGUGUCCAUCAGCAAAAUUUAGAUGAGAUGUUGGCGGCAUCCAUUGCAGCUGAAGAAGCAAGAAGUUUGAAUGAAAAUGCAUCAGUAUCUGCUGUUACAAAUCUGGAUGGGGAAGAUACAGAUGAUGAAGAUGAAGAGAUGAUUUUGCCUGAAAUGCACGGGGUGGUUGAUCCUUCUGUGUUGGCUGCUUUGCCACCUUCAGUUCAACUUGAUCUUCUUGUUCAGAUGAGAGAGAGACUAAUGGCAGAAAACAGACAGAAAUAUCAAAGGGUCAAGAAGGACCCUGCAAAGUUUUCUGAGCUACAGAUACAGGCUUAUCUUAAAACUGUUGCUUUUCGACGAGAUAUUGAUCAAGUGCAGAAGGCUGCUGCUGGGAGAGGGGUUGGUGGUGUACAAACAUCAAGAAUUGCCUCGGAAGCAAACAGGGAAUUUAUUUUUUCAUCAUCUUUCACGGGUGAUAAACAGGUACUUGCGUCUACUAUAGUUGAGAAGAAUGGAGACAAAGACCUACAGGCACCAACAGUUCAGCAACCUUUAAGUUCUCUGAAAAAUACAGAAAUUCCCAGUACAUCCAAUCCUCUGGCUCAAUCAACCCCUGAUAAGUCGGGGGGUUUUGAGGACAACAUUGAGACAUUUUUGGAUGAGAGGGGACGUGUUCGAGUUAGCAGGGUGAAGGCAAUGGGGAUGCACAUGACUCGUGAUUUAGAAAGGAAUUUGGAUUUGAUGAAAGAGAUUGAGAAGAAUACCAGUGCAAAUAAGGCUGCUAAUCCUGAACCCAUACAAAAUAUUGAAAUUUGUAAUCCAGAAAACUUUUCUUUUCAAAGCCAAGUUCUAGAUACUUCAGAUGAAGGUGUUGGUGGAUCUAUUAAUAAGUUGAAUGAGAGAGGUGGAGAGCCCAUGCUGAAUGAAGAAACUGCUAUAGAAAUAUUACUGGAAGAUGAGGGUGGGAAGUCUUUUGAUGGUGAUGAUGAUCUAUUUACUAAUUUAGCCGCAGAAAAUCCUAUUGGAAUGGCUUCUUUUGACAUCUCUACCCAAAAACUAUCUCUUGAUGGUACUACAGAUUCUGGUUGGGAGGACGCAGUUGAAGGAAAAACUUAUAGUCCAAAAAAUGUUGAAGUGGAUGAUCACUCGUUCAAGGAAGGAACCGUUAGUGACGAGAGUGAUGUAGAUUGGGAGGAUGGAGCGUGUGAUCAUGUAAACCCAGUUCCUUUUGAAGCUGAUUUGGCACAGUCAGUUUCUAAAGGUUUUUUGGAGGAAGAGGCUGACUUGCAGGAGGCAAUAAGAAGAAGUUUGGAGGACAGAGGAUAUACAAAAUCUGGCACUGUAUCUUCUGAACUUCAGCAACCACAACCAGUGAUUGUUGGAAAAAGGGCUGAACAAUGUACGAGUGUCCAAAAUGAGAGUAUGAUUGGACUUGAUAAGCUAGAUAGUGCUGAUGGAAUGAAUUGUUUGAAUUUCAAUGAUUCUACCAGGACAGAGGGAAUGACAGAGAGUUCAUCUCAAGAAAAGCAAUGCUCAGAACCUGUUAUGUCGUUGGAUACCAAAACCCACACAAUUGCCGAACAGUUGGAUGCUUCUUAUAAUGUUGCUAAAUUUUCUCCUAAAGAGUCAAAUGAAAACAAUGAUACUCUUGAGCCCUUAUCUAGAGACACAUUUGGUGCAGUUCAGGUUGGGGAUAGGAUAAAUAAUACUGUGAUUGAUCCUCCUUGUCGUAUGGUUGAGAUGGAAGGUAUUUACCCUCCUGGCAAUGGUUCCUCCCGAAAACCUUUUGCCUGUGAAAACAAUUUCAAGCAGAAUCUUCCUGUUGACGAGCAUAGUAAUGAUCUUUCGCUGGACAUCAAGGAUGCAAAAAUACUUUCUGUUGAAGAAACAAGCAAUGCAGAGAUUGAGGUUACAGAUGAUGAGUUGAAAAAUAGAUUUUCAGUUCUGGAGCAAGAACGUCUGAAUCUUGGAGACGAGCAGAAAAGACUUGAGCGUAAUGCUGAAUCUGUCAACAGUGAAAUGUUUGCAGAAUGUCAGGAAUUACUGCAAAUGUUUGGCUUACCAUAUAUUAUUGCUCCUAUGGAAGCGGAAGCUCAGUGUGCUUAUAUGGAACUUGCAAAUCUUGUUGAUGGAGUGGUGACUGAUGACUCUGACGUCUUCCUGUUUGGGGCAAGAAGUGUUUACAAGAAUAUAUUUGAUGACCGCAAAUAUGUUGAGACAUAUUUUAUGAAGGACGUUGAAAAUGAGCUUGGUCUGAACCAGGACAAGUUAAUUCGCAUGGCACUACUACUUGGAAGUGAUUAUACAGAAGGCAUUAGUGGGAUUGGCAUUGUUAAUGCCGUUGAGGUUAUGAAUGCAUUUCCGGAGGAAGAUGGACUCCAUAAAUUCAAAGAGUGGAUUGAAUCACCAGAUCCAAGCAUCUUAGGGACGCUUGGUGCAAAAACGGGGUUAACUGCGCGUAGAAGAGGGUCAAAAGCAAGUGAGAAUGACAUGACUUGCUCAAAUACCGGUGGUUCUGCAUCUGAAGAAAACAUUUCUAAAGAUCUGGAGGAAAACAUAGCUGUUAAACAGAGUUUCAUGGAUAAGCAUAGAAAUGUUAGCAAGAACUGGCACAUACCUUCUGAAUUUCCUAGUGAAGCAGUCAUUUCUGCUUACAUCUGCCCACAAGUGGACAAGUCAGCAGAACCUUUCUCCUGGGGGAAGCCAGACCAUUUUGUCCUUCGCAGAUUAUGCUGGGAAAAGUUUGGGUGGGAAAACUCCAAGGCAGAUGAAUUGCUUUUGCCAGUCCUGAAAGAGUACAGCAAACAUGAGACUCAACUUCGGUUGGAGGCAUUUUACACUUUCAAUGAACGAUUUGCUAAAAUCCGCAGUAAGAGAAUAAAGAAAGCUGUUAAAAGUAUUACUGGGAGCAGGUCUGCCGUGUUGAUGGAUGAUGCUGUGCGGGAUGUUUCUGUAAAUAAUCAAAGAGAACUUUCUGUUGAGCCUAAGGAGAACAUGUCUGAGAAAUGUUCAUCAGAAAGACAAGAUGCUUGUUCGAAUGAAGAUGACAGACACCGAAAACCUUCCAGAAAAAGGCAGCUAGAUGGAGAGCAAGCUCAACCUGGUAAGGAUCGAAAACUAACAAAGAAGGAGAAAGGAAAGCCAAGUAGAAAUGAGGGAUCACAUUCUGAGAGAGGUAGAGGUAGAGGUAGAGGGAAAGGGAGGGGGAGAGGUCGGUUAGUAUCGAAAGGAAAGGCUCCUAUUACUGAACUGAUUGAAACCAGCUCCAGUGAUGAUGAAAGUGAAUUCGACAAUCAGAAAUUUGAUUUGGAGAACUUUCAGGAGCCUCAAGAAAAGAGAAGAUCAUCACGGAUCCGAAAAUCUGCAAGUUAUACAAUUGACAAUGCAGAUCAACAAUCAGAUCACACUGGGGAUGAAUUCUCCAAUGAUAAAGCCGAAGAAGACAGGGUGAUCCAAGGUCAGUACGCUCAUCCUGAAACUGUGAUGAGCCAAUCUGAAAAUAUGGAAUCCGGUUCUGGAAGUCCUAAGAGAUCUCCACAGAACGACUAUCUCAAAACUGGAGGUGGGUUCUGUCUAGUAGAAGAUGAAAUGAGCCGGCAAGAAAUGUGCCAGAACAAAGAUCCAGCCUUGGAGGCUAACAACAGUGAAGACUACCUCACAAUGGGAGGCGGGUUUUGCUUAGAUGACGAUGAUGAACGCAUUGACCCGGUUGCACAUCCCAACCAAGCGACAGUAUUAGAAGUCCCCAAAGAUGGUUUUGAAAAUGAUCCUGGUCAAUCAACCGUCUCUCCUGAGAAACAUGUAGGUGUGGAAGAUACAGAUGCACGUGUAGAGUCUGUGCUCGAUGUAGGCAACCCGAAUCCUGUAAAUAAUUCAAACUCUUCUCAGGUAGGUGAGGAUGUGCAAGAGGAACCUAAGGAUCAUUCUGUAAGAAGGGCAUUUGGAGGAGCUUUAAGUGCCAUGCCAAAUUUGAAAAGAAAGAGGAAGUACUGAGACAAUGUAAGUUAGAGUUUCAAGUUUUUUCAGUGAGCUUCUUAUCUCACCUAACUUAUAUGCACAAUUUUAGGAAGAUUUAAUUUGUGUUCGAAUAGUGGAAAAUGGUUGGUUUACCAUUUCGUCUGUAGCUAACUAACGGAAAGCUCAUUUAGGAGAUUGUUGGCCAUCUUUUUGAAAUUUUAGGAGCAACAUUGUUGAGCUCAUUUGAAGGCAAAUUAACAAGCUCUCUUAAGUGUAAUAUUUCUAACAAUCACCUCAGUUCACCCUGUAAUAAGUUUCUUAAGAAUUUUCAAGAUCAAAACAA